CCACCUCGCACCACCCGCAUAUGCCCACUACAGUGCUGCUCCAGGAAAACAAGAUAUACUGGCCAGCACACCACAAUACAGUGCACCCGCCCACUGUGGGCAACUCUGUGACGCCACCAGACAGACUCGCACCACUUGUUUCCGUGUCCCCUUGGCGCACGGCUACGUAGCCCACUCCCUUUCCCCCCCAAAACGUUCAUUCUUGCUCUCCUUCUCUCUCGUAUUCCCAUUUCUCCUCCCAAGACAAAACUUCCUCUUUUUUUCUUUCUUUCUUUUCUACUUCUUUCAUCACGACCCGUCAUCCUGAAGCUUCAUUGUUCUGCUACUUCCGGGAUUUUGUUUCUUUUCUUCCUCCUUUGUCAAUUUAGCCACCUUUUUUUUUUCUACACGUCGCCUUGCAACGCCCACCACCAACACCUGGUGACGUCUCCUUUUCUUUAGCACGCCGCGCAUCCCUCAUCCGAACCGCGCUGGUCACGGCGUCGACGCCAAAAUUCAGUCCCAGGAGAAACAACGCAGUUCUUCGCCAUUUAGAAUGGCUGGGGGAAACGCCCGCUAUGUGCGAUACAUAGUUAUCGCCUUUUUCUGUCUCGUUGUCAUCUACUUCGUCUCCGGCACAAAGUACGACCCAGUGCCCCUCAAUCCCGCCGGCGCUGCUCCCAAUCCCAACGUCCAAACCCCCCCGCAACAGGCCCCUGCCGAGAAGCCCGUUGGCGAUGCCAAGAAGGAAAAGCCUGUCGACAAGAAGCCCGCGCCAUCUGUUGAAAAGCCCGACUAUGCUGCCAUGGCCAUGAGCCCUUCGGACCCUGGAUGGGAUGAUUUAAACACCAUCAACAAGGGCCCUCGCAUGAACGCCACCUUUGUCACCCUUGCCCGCAACAGCGACAUCUGGGAGAUAGCCAAGUCUAUCCGUCAAGUCGAGGAUCGCUUCAACCGCCGCUACAACUACGAUUGGGUCUUUAUCAACGACCAGCCCUUUGACGAGUCCUUCAAGAAGGUUACUACCUCGCUUGUUUCUGGCAACACCUACUACGAUGUCAUCCCUGAGAAGCACUGGUCUUUCCCCGAAUGGAUCGAUCAGGAAAAGGCUAAGAAGGUGCGCGAGGACAUGGCCCAACGCAAGAUCAUCUACGGUGACUCUAUCAGCUACCGCCACAUGUGCCGCUUCGAGUCUGGCUUCUUCUUCCACCAGGAGCACAUGCUCAAGUACGACUACUACUGGCGUGUCGAGCCCUCCGUUGAUCUUCACUGCGACAUCCACUACGAUCCUUUCCGCUUCAUGGUUGAGAACAAGAAGAAGUACAGUUUCGUUCUUAGCUUGUACGAAUACAUUGAGACCAUCCCUACACUUUGGGACAGCACCAAGAAGUUUAUGAAGAACUUCCCCGAGCAUAUUGAGAAGGACAACUCCAUGAAGUUCCUGUCUGACGACGGCGGCGAGACGUACAACAGAUGCCACUUUUGGUCCAACUUUGAGGUUGGUGACCUCAACUGGCUCCGCUCGCAGGCCUACACCGACUUCUUUAACGUUCUCGACAAGGACGGUGGUUUCUUCUACGAGCGCUGGGGAGACGCCCCCGUCCACUCCAUCGCCGCCGGCCUGAUGCUCAAGAAGGAGGAGAUUCAUUUCUUCAACGACAUUGCCUACUUCCAUGUGCCCUUUACUCACUGCCCUACUGGUGAGCAGAAGCGUCUUGAUCUGCGCUGCCACUGUGACCCCAAGGAGAACUUUGACUGGAAGGGCUACUCUUGCACGUCCAAGUUCUUUGAGCUGAACGGAAUGCCCAAGCCUGAUGGCUGGGAGGAGCAAGCAAACUAAGUGUUGCUGCGAUGCAGGACAUUUAGUGCUAUGCCCCAUACUUUUUGUUUUCAAUUACUGUGCUUCUUUUCGUUUGGUAUUCGGUUUCGGUGACACUACCACUCGAGCCCAAAUAACGUCCCUGGCGGAGGUUUCGCUUCAGAGGGUUCAGUCCAUGACCGGAUGGACGGAUGCAUAUCCGUAAAGAGGCUCAAGGCGGACUGCAAGUGUGUUUUUUUGUUUUGUUUUUGUCCGCUGUAUGCUGUGGGGAAAGGCGUCUCGCUAGAAUUUUUGAUUUCCACAUCUUCGGACAAGCUGUCUACCCAAAUGUACAUGUACAUAUAUAUUUAUAUAUCACGUCUCGGCACUUAACUCAGAAUCAAUGGGUUGCUGCUUUUUAUCUCAAAAUACAAAAAAUUGAUGAACAUUUUCCAUGCAU